CUCUUGAAGCGACCCCCCCCCCCUCCCCGGCAUGGAUGUGGCCAACAACACUACCUCCCCAGAACGCACCCCCGAGGGAGAAAGCGGCCCCGACCUCGCCGAGGUGACCCUGGGCUACCAGCUGCUCACCUCCCUGCUCCUGGGCACGCUCAUCCUGUGCGCCGUAAGCGGCAAUGCCUGCGUGAUAGCGGCCAUCGCCCUGGAGCGCUCCCUGCAAACCGUGGCCAACUAUCUCAUCGGCUCGCUGGCCGUCACCGACCUCAUGGUGUCCGUGCUGGUGCUGCCCAUGGCAGCCCUCUACCAGGUGCUGAACAAGUGGACUCUGGGACAGGUCAUCUGCGAUAUCUUCAUCUCGCUGGACGUACUGUGCUGCACCUCUUCCAUCCUGCACCUGUGCGCCAUCGCCUUGGACCGGUACUGGGCCAUCACAGACCCCAUCGACUAUGUCAACAAGCGGACUCCCCGCCGGGCCGCCGUGCUCAUCAGCCUGACCUGGCUCAUCGGCUUCUUGAUAUCCAUCCCGCCAAUGCUGGGCUGGAGAACGCCCGAGGACCGCUCAAACCCCGACGCCUGCACCAUCAGCAAGGACCACGGGUACACCAUCUACUCCACCUUCGGCGCCUUCUACAUCCCGCUGCUCCUCAUGCUGGUGCUCUACGGCCGCAUUUUCAAGGCGGCCCGCUUCAGGAUCCGCAAGACGGUCAAGAAAGCGGAGAAGAAGAAAAUCGCCGACACUUGCCUCACCCUCUCCCCGUCCGCCUUGCAGAAAAAAAGCAACGGGGAGCCCGGCAAGGGCUGGCGUCGGACUGUGGAGCCCCGGAGCAGUGCCUGUGUCAACGGCGCCGUGCGACAGGGCGAGGAUGGGGCGGCCCUGGAGGUCAUAGAGAUUCAGCGCUGCAGCAGCUCCUCCAAGAUUCACUUGCCGCUGCCCAGCGAAGCGUGCGGCUCCCCGCCGCCUCCCUCCUUCGAGAGGCGCAACGAGAAGAACACGGAAGCCAAGCGGAGGAUGGCUCUGUCCCGGGAGAGGAAGACUGUCAAGACCCUGGGCAUCAUUAUGGGCACCUUCAUCCUCUGCUGGCUGCCGUUCUUCAUCGUGGCGUUGGUCCUGCCCUUUUGUGACAGUAAGUGCUACAUGCCCGAGUGGCUGGGGGCAGUCAUCAACUGGCUGGGCUAUUCCAACUCCCUCCUUAACCCCAUCAUCUAUGCCUAUUUCAACAAAGACUUCCAAAGUGCUUUUAAGAAAAUUAUCAAGUGCAAAUUUUGCCGGCAGUGAAGCCCGCCGCUCCGGGACGGGGCUCCCGCCCCGGCACCAUCC